AUGAGUGCUUGCAAGGUGCAGUGGAGGCAUUGCCUGCGACUCUUCUGGGACAUGGUCCAGGGAAGCCUAUCCCCGGACAGUGCGACCUUCAACGCGGCGGUCACUGCCUGUGAGCAAGGUGGCCAGUGGCAACGACUCUUGUGCCUGCUCAAGGAGAUGGAUGUGAGAAAUAUUGCGAAGGAAGUGGUCACCUACACGUCGGCUAUCUCGGCAUGUGCAGAGGCUUCGGCUACCGACCAGGCAGCAGAGCUCUUGAAACGCAUGGAGGCGGAGCAACUCCUUCCGAAUGUCGUAACCUACGCCGCCUUGACGCCGGGAUUGCGGAGCAUGUCCGGCUUCGCCGAGAAUCUGGUCCAAGCAGCCUUCCGCGACCUGCACUUUCUGAGAGACGCCUCCUAA